AGAUCAGAACUGUUAACCGCAUUUACAGAUAUUUGCACUGUUAAUCGCACAUUUGAAUAUUAUAAUUGUCUCACAGAUAGUAACUGUUAUCCGUCAGUUUUUAAAAAGAUAUAUCUGCAGAAUCAAAACAACAUAGAGUAUAUGGAGCAAGAAGUAUCCGACCUUAUCUCUUUGAGUGAUAGUGGAUCUGAAUCUAAAGAACAUUUAGAAGAAACAAUACACAAACAAAAGCAGAAGCCAUCUACACAACCAAAUAUUGAACAGAUGUUUCAAAAAAUGGUGGCAACUGAUCCUAAACGAAAGGCAAGUCAGGAUCAAAAGUUUGUUAGUAUGUUAGUCAAGGAUCAAUUGCCUGCUAGCAUACAAGAAGAUGCUGGUUUGAUCAAGUUUCUGGCAGAGUUUGAUCCUAAUUAUCAGUUACCAAGUGAAAAACUCUGCAGAAAAUUACUUACAGAUACUUUUGAUGCAAUAGCAUCAUUAAUUACAAUUCUGAGACCUUUUGCUGAAGCAACUGAACUAUUAGAAGGCAGCAAAUAUGCUACUAUUAGUUUUAUAUAUGGUGUGAUUACAGUAAUUAAGCAAAAGCUUCUUAUAUAUAAUAACAAUUCAAAUAUAGAUUUUGAUUUUUUUUGUGAUGUUUUUGAUGAUGAUGUUGUUUAUGAAGAGCAUUAUUGGAAUGUGCCUAGUAACGAAGAUAUGCUAGCAGCACUUUUGAAUUCUCAAUGUAAACUUCUAUCAUUUAUGUCAGAAUCUUUAAAAAAUAGAGUCUUCAAAUUACUUAAAGCUGAAUAUGAAAAAGCAUGGGUUCUAUAUAGAAUUGAAGAAAAUAAUAAUAGUGUUCAAAAUCAUUCAAAUUCUUUAUUGGCAUCAAUGUUUCAUAAAAGAUGCCCACAAUUAGAAGUUUCAGAUUAUCUUGGAGCUCAAGAACUUUUAUGA